AUGGAGAGUGGAACAAAAUUGUCAAAGUUUGAUGAUAGAGAAAAAGUGGACUCCACUUUAUUGAAAAGCCUCGUGGGAAACCUGAGGUACUUGACUUGUACGAGGCCAGAUAUACUCUUCACAGUUGGAGUAGUAAGUUGCUUUAUGGAAGCUCCUAGCUUCACUCACUUGAAGGUCGCUGGAAGAAUUCUUCGUUACCUAAAAGGUACGAUAGACCUUAGACUGUUUUAUACUUCUUCUAAUGACUUUAACCUCGUGGGAUUUUGUGAUAGUGAUCAUGCGGGAUAUAUUGAUGAUAGAAAAAGCAUAACUAGUUUUGUGUUUUUCUUGAGUGAUUGUGUUAUUUCUUGGUGUUCAAAGGAACAAUCCAUUGUUACUCUCUCGACAUGUGAGGCUAAAUACGUGGCAACGACACCAUGUACAUGUCAUGCUAUUUGGUUAAGAAGACUGCUGAAGGAGCUCAAUUUGCCACAAAUUGAAGCCACGAUGAUUUGCGUUGACAACAAAUUGGUGCAAGCACUUGCUAAGAAUCUGCGGCACUAUUACCAUAGCAGCAGCACUGCUAUAGCGGUGGACUUGCCGCAACAGUCGCCAAGUGCAAAUGUUGGCUGA